CGCCUCCUCAUUGGGAACAAUGCGGCGCCUCGGGCUAUAGCGCCGCGCGGGACCCCGGAGCAGGAGCCCUGAGCGCCGGCGGUCGAGAGAUCGAACGAGCGGGCGAGCAGGCGAGAGCAGGCGUGCGCACAGGCGUCCCUCCCUCGGAGCCAUGGGCGCGGCGGGGCGCCAGGCUGCCGAGCGGCGCGGCCGGAAGGUGCGAGGGGCGGGGGCGCGGGCCUGGGGCCGCCUCUAGCCGGCUCGGAGGGCGCGGGCCCCGGGGAUGAGGGCGUCCGCCGCGGGAAGCCGGUCUGCGCGCCGCGGCGCCGUCCCGCCCAGCCAGCGAGCCUGAGCAGGCAGACGCGCGGCCGGCGAUCUGGAGGCGCGCCGCCUCGCCAUCCCCAAAAUGUGAAGCCGGGAGGGCGGAGACGCAGAGACCGCCCGGCCGGGAGCCCUCGCCGAAACCCCCUGCCCUACGCGCCCAGGCCUCGCCAUCUCCUCCAUCCCCCGCAUCCCCUGCGCGGUUGCAGAGCAGCGAAGCCAUCGCGCCCCGCGCGCCCUCGGCGCUGCGACCCCCGGCUUCGGCCCGCAGCGGCUUCGCGUUUCUCGAGGUGGCCGGAGCCGGGCCCAGGACGGUGCGUCCGGCCUCGCCCGCGGCUUCUCGCCCAGACAAGUUUGAACAAUGAUCACAGUCAACCCGGAUGGGAAGAUAAUGGUCAGAAGAUGCCUGGUCACCCUGAGACCCUUUCGGCUGUUUGUCCUGGGCAUCGGCUUUUUCACUCUCUGCUUCCUGAUGACAUCUUUGGGAGGCCAGUUCUCUGCCAGGCGCCUGGGGGACUCACCCUUCACCAUCCGCACAGAAGUGCCGGGUGGCUCCGAAUCCCGUGGCGCGCUCCGCAAGAUGAGUGACCUGUUGGAGCUGAUGGUAAAGCGCAUGGACGUGCUGGCCAGGCUGGAGAACAGCAGCGAGCUGCACCACACAGCCAGUGCGGCACACUUAGCCGCAGACAGGCUCACCCCUGGGGCUGGCCUCAUUGAGAGGAUCCAGGCCAUUGCCCAGAAUGUAUCUGACAUCGCUGUGAAGGUGGACCAGAUCCUGCGCCACAGCCUGAUUCUGCAUAGCAAGGUGUCUGAAGGUCGGAGGGACCAAUGUGAAGCACCCAGUGACCCCAAGUUUCCUGACUGCUCGGGGAAAGUGGAGUGGAUGCGCGCCCGCUGGACGUCUGACCCCUGCUACGCCUUCUUUGGGGUGGAUGGCACUGAGUGUUCCUUCCUCAUCUACCUCAGCGAGGUUGAGUGGUUCUGCCCCCCGCUGCCCUGGAGGAACCAGACUGCUUCCCGGAAGGCCCCCAAGGCCCUUCCCAAAGUCCAGGCAGUGUUCCGGAGCAACCUGUCUCACCUCCUGGAGCUGAUGGGCAGUGGGAAGGAGUCCCUCAUCUUCAUGAAGAAGAGAACCAGGAGGUUUACUGCCCAGUGGACCAGGGCUGCCAAGCAGGUGGCGCAGAAGCUGGGGGACGUCCGGAGGGACCAGAAACAGAUCCUUGUCCACAUCGGCUUCCUGACGGAGGAGUCUGGGGACGUGUUCAGCCCAAGGGUGCUGAAGGGCGGGCCUCUGGGGGAGAUGGUGCAGUGGGCAGACAUUCUGGCCGCUCUCUACGUGCUGGGCCACAGUCUUCGGAUUACGGUCUCCCUGAAGGAGCUGCAGAGUAACUUAGGGGUGCCUCCAGGCCGGGGGAACUGCCCUCUUACCAUGCCUCUGCCGUUUGACCUCAUCUACACGGACUACCACGGCCUGCAGCAGAUGAGGCAGCACAUGGGGCUGUCCUUCAAGAAGUACCGGUGCAGAAUCCGAGUCAUUGACACCUUUGGGACCGAGCCAGCAUACAACCACGAGGAGUAUGCCACACUGCACGGCUACCGGACCAACUGGGGUUACUGGAACCUCAACCCCAAGCAGUUCAUGACCAUGUUCCCUCACACCCCGGACAACUCCUUUAUGGGCUUCGUGUCCGAGGAACUCAACGAGACUGAGAAGCAGCUCAUCAAAGACAGCAAGGCCAGCAACAUGGCGGUGGUGUACGGCAAGGAGGCGAGUAUCUGGAAGCUCCAGGGCAAGGAGAAGUUCCUGACCAUCCUGAACAAGUACAUGGAGAUCCAUGGCACCGUGUACUACGAGAGCCAGCGGCCCCCCGAGGUCCCUGCCUUUGUAAAGAACCAUGGCCUCCUGCCACAGCCUGAGUUCCAGCAGCUGCUGCGUAAGGCCAAGCUCUUUAUAGGGUUCGGAUUUCCCUAUGAGGGCCCCGCACCCCUGGAGGCCAUCGCCAAUGGCUGCAUCUUCCUUCAGUCUCGCCUCAGCCCGCCCCACAGCUCCCUCAACCACGAGUUCUUCCGGGGCAAGCCCACCUCCAGGGAGGUCUUCUCCCAGCAUCCCUAUGCAGAGAACUUCAUCGGCAAGCCUCACGUGUGGACUGUGGACUACAACAACUCGGAGGAGUUUGAAGCAGCUGUCAAGGCCAUCAUGAACACCCAGGUAGAGCCUUAUCUGCCCUACGAGUAUACGUGUGCAGGGAUGCUGGAAAGGAUCCAUGCUUACAUCCAGCACCAGGACUUCUGUGCAGGUCCAAGCCCGGUGUCACCGGGCGCCCACACUGCCCAGAGUCCCUUUGUCUUAGCCCCCAAUGCCACUCACCUCAAGUGGGCCCAGAACAUCAGCUCGAUCGCGGGAGCCUGGCCCCCUACCCACUCCCUGCGGGCCUGGCUGGCGGCCCCUGGGAGAGCCUGCACGGACGCCUGCCUGGACCAUGGGCUAAUCUGCGAGCCUUCGUUCUUCCCCUAUCUCAACAGCCAAGACGCGUUUCUCAAGCUGCGGGUGCCCUGUGACAGCACGGAGUGGGAGAUGCAUCACUUGUAUCCCGCCUUUGCCCAGCCUGGCCAAGAGUGCUACCUGCAGAAAGAGCCGCUGCUCUUCAGCUGUGCCGGCGCCAGCACCAAGUACCAGAGGCUCUGCCCCUGCCGCGACUUCCUCAAGGGCCAGGUGGCCUUGUGCCAGGGCUGCCUGUGAGGCCAGGAGCCACCCUGCCCCGCGUCUGCCCACCCCCAGGCUGGAAGCACCGACACUUUCCGAGAUGCGUGUCUCCUGGCUCGGCCUCUUUCCCCGGCCAAGGGUGGGAAGAGGAGGCUGAGGAGACAGCGGCUCCAAGCCCGCAGCUCUGUCCUAGGGGGCCUCCCUGCCCUCGCCACAGGACUCGUGGCUGAGCAGAUGAGCUGGCCACCGGGAGUGCGUGAAUGGAGACACCUUGCUUUCUGAGGCCCGGAUCAGCUGGAGGCAUGACCCUGGCCACUCUUGGGCCCGGAAUAGGCCUUCUGGUCCACAGGAACGUGGCCGUGUGCAGGGCCAGUGUGUCCGUGUGCGGUGGUCUGGGGGAGGACUCUGCCCUCCUCCCGGUCCACCUUUCCUGCCCCUCACGCCUCCUCCAGUGGGCUUCACUUUAGGCCUCUUCUGAGACCCAGCUCUGUCAUGAUCUGUGACUGGCCCACACGCCCCCAUCUCUGCCCUCUCGGGGGGUGUCUCUACCACAGCCUCCAUCGGCAGCGGGCCCAGACCGCCAGGGCACCCCCCGCAGACUCUGACACCGCUCUCAAGCUCUGGCAUCUCACGCCGCCAGGCUGGGAUGAAGUUUCACCCAGGGUACGCUUGGCCGGUUCUGGUUGCACAGGUCUACCAGACCUUCCGUGGCUCCCCUCCACUUAGGCCCCGUCCUUGUCACUGCCUCCUGCUUCCUGCAGCCUCAGGCCACGCCCAGAAUCCAGUACCCAUCUCCAUGUGGCAUGCCCACCUCCAGUGCAGGGUAGCCCUCCCCUGUCCCAACCCCGGGGCCUGCCCAGCCCGGGCCUCCAGGAACACUGCCAUUGCUCAAGUGAGGCCCAGCCCCAGCCUGGUGAAAGCAGGCUCCCUGGGCUCGGACAGUUGCAGGAAGGACCGGCCUCGGUGAGACUUGCUGGUGCCCCCUGGCCUGGUUGGCCCCUGAGGCAGCAGAGCCCAGGGCAGCAAGAGACCUGUGAUCCCAAGGACUUGACUGUCAGAGGAAAGCAAUAGCGACACUCUUCUCUCUCUUUCUCUUUUUUUUAAAGAUUUAUUUCUUGAAAUAAAUAUUUUAAUGGGAUGUGA